ACACAGCAGUCCCAGUACAGCACACCAGAGCGAGAAAAGCUUUUCCCCGAGUAUAACUUUGAAGAUCUCAGCGAUUCAUUUCGAAGUCUGUACAAGAAUGUAUUUGCUCAAUCUGCAAGCCAAGGAAUGCUGAAUCUGCAGUCUGAGUCCUCCCAGCAGACACACUCACCUUGUUCCUAUCAGCACUCCCCUAGUAGCACAAUGAGCUCUCAGCAGCACGGUAGCCAAAGUAACCUGACAAAUAGCCAUGCCAGUAGUCUUGGCAGCACCGUAGGUGACUCCUUGGGGCAGGUUCACAUGUCUCACACUCCACUACACAGUCAGCAGUCCCAGCAGUCUCCACAUAUACACCACACUGUAGUCCACCAUCAGCAGCACCCAGCACAGCAUGCAUCUCACUGUCACCAACAGGUUUCACAGCACCAACCUCAGCAUCCUCAGCAGCGGGCUCCCCAUCCAGCACAGCACCCUGCCACCCAUCCGGCACAGCAUCAAACCCAGCACCCUGCCACCCAUCCGGCACAGCAUCAAACCCAGCACCCUGCCACCCAUCCUGCACAGCAUCAAGGCCAGCACCCUGCCACCCAUCCUGCACAGCAUCAAGGCCAG